CCACGGAACAGUUGGUUUUCAUUAAUAGCAUAUGCAAUGUGCAAAAACUUGCAAAAUAUAUAUCAAUGCGAUGGUUCAUUUCUAAAUUACUUCAUGUUUAUGAAGUAAUCACGGCUUCAACAAACUAGGAUUCAUGAAAUAACAAUAAACAGACAUGCAUAUCGCAGAUGUCAGAGUCAGGAAUAACGGGAUAAUGCGGUGAACGCGAGGUAAACAACGUUACGUUCUUUGAAACGAACUGUUCAAAUGAACCGAUUCUCGGUAAUAAAUCGGCUGCGACACAUCGGGUUUACCUGUUGCUUAGCAACUCAGGCUUCCUCCGCGUGAAAAUUCCUGCCUCUGGUUUAUUUCUGCAUGUAACUAUCUAACAUCCACAAUGCUGGACGCUGCUUUAAGUUCAUACGGAGCACAGGUCGUGCUGGCUACAUCGAGCGAUGAGAAUCACCCGCCGGAGAACAUUAUCGACGGAAAAACAGAGACUUUAUGGAUUUCAACUGGCAUGUUUCCACAAGAGUUUAUUAUCCGCUUCCCAGACAACAUGAAGAUUUUCACUGUCUCCAUUCACAGUUACAACAUUAAAAGGCUGAGAAUAGAAAAGGGCACAUCAGACGAUGCUGAUAAAUUUGAAGCGGUUGCAGACACCGAGUUUGAGCACACAGAGAGUAGCCUACAGGCUAACGAUAUUCCUGUAAAUGUACUAAAUACAACACACUUACGGUUUCUCAUACUGUCUGGAUAUGAUCAUUUUGUCUCUGUUCACAAAGUUAGUGUACAAUCAUGAGAUGAUCUUCAUCUGCCAUGUCUUUUUUUAAACUCACACGGAGUGGAUCACUGUAUAUUUUUCUUAACAAAUAAACAUUCUCCUAAUUUCUGUUGUUUAGUCUCCUCCAGUGUUGUCAACUAAAAUGAAAACAAACAUAUUAAAAGUUAAUUGUGUAAAGCUGAACUAAAACAGAAAUAUUACAUGAAAAACAAAAAUUAGAAAUGUUACCCUGGCAGAUAACUGAAAAUAAGUUGAAGUAUAAAAUUACUAAAACCAUAACAAAUGAAAACACAAAACAGAAACAUUUAAGAACAAAAAUGACAAAAAUCCAUAUAAAAUACUAAAACCUAAAACGAAAACAGUAUAAUAAAUUAUAUGGUUUUGUUCAAAUUUUGUUAAACAGUAGUGAUGCAUCUAAAUCAACAAUACCUUUUGACUUUGAAUUAUUUAACAGUGUGGAUUGAAUCAUGGAAACAAAUUGCUAGCCAGUUUGUCCCACGUGAGGAAUUUGAUGAAGCUCUAAACUCUAAAGUGUAACAGUGGCAAAUGGAAGUUUGGAAAUUAAAAUGUUUUCUUGGUAUUCGAGAAGUGCAUUCAUAUAAGCACAUAUUCAUUUGUUCAAGAACCAUGGUUUGUUUAAAAAAAUACUACAGGUAUGCUUACAAUCUUUCUUCCUUUAAAAA